AUGGAUACCUGGCGUUUGGAUUUGGUUCGGAGAAGUAAGAAGUCGAAACUGAGGGGAGUAUUGGCUCAAUUUAAGAUGAUGUGCAGUGGCUUCAUUCGGAAGUCCUGGAUACCAAACGCCAGUGUUAGAAGGGCAGCCGCCUACGAAACUUCCCGUGGCGAGUUAGCUUUGCUCGGAGUUUUCGUUCAUGGGAGUUUUCUUUGCGUGUUGGCACCUAAUGUUGAUCUUGCGAAGUUGAUUGAAGUCGACGCACAAAAAGAAGUAAAGGAGAAGGUGAAGGAAAAGAAGAAAGAAAAAAAUCCAAUCCCAACCGUCUUUCAAUUCAACGCAGAAACCUCUGCAUCUGCAGCAAGAAUCGACACUCUCAAACCAAUCCAACAUUUUAUACCAGGCAUCACAACAUCCAACAAGCGCAUCGCUCUCGAUGCUACAUUUUCGGAACCCCCUGAUCUCGCAUUACCAUCACCGCCACGACCACUAGCCCAAAGAAAAAAUUCAAUCCAUCCACCCACGCCCGUCUCCGACAUCUCCCAACCUAACCGCGUGAACCCCACUUCCCUCACCAAACCAGAAAACGCCUACCCCGCUUCCCGACCCGCGCCUCUAGUACCACUUCCAUCCAGUGCAGGACACGAGUUCCUGGAAAAUCCAUCUUGUCGGAGGUUGUCGCUCUUUAUCUCUCUUUAA